AACCAACUGCCGCAGACCUGCAGAUAAGUUGAAUCUGUAGUGCAAAAUUUUAUGAAUUCGAAGAACAGAGGUAUCUUCUAUUAGUGUGAUAUUUAUAUAUUAUUUUCCCACUAUUUAUAGUCAUAAAUUUGUAACUUGCACAGCACGUACGGAGUUAAAGAAUUUAACCAAUUUAAGUGAAAGUUUAGACGUUAUAAGGAACGUAGUGUAUUGUUUAUUUACAUUAAAAAUGGCAACAGACAAGGCAUCUAACCAAAUACUUGAAUGGCAUAAGAAAAAAAGUCAGGAAACUAGUCCUGCAACAACAAGCCAUGGUGCUCCUUUGAUAACAAAAGAUGCAUCCCUCACUGUAGGGUUGAGGGGUCCAAUUCUUCUUCACGACAUAGCGUAUGUGGAUGAAAUGGCUCAUUUUGAUCGUGAACGGAUACCCGAAAGAGUGGUCCACGCAAAAGGCGCUGGUGCCUUUGGUUAUUUUGAAGUUACCCAUGAUAUAAGUAAAUACACGGCUGCAAAAGUUUUUGACCAAGUUGGUAAAAAAACUCCGGUUGCUGUGCGUUUUUCUACGGUGGGUGGUGAAUCUGGUUCAGCAGAUACAGUUCGGGAUCCCCGAGGAUUUUCUGUUAAAUUUUAUACAGAAGAUGGUAACUGGGACUUGGUCGGUAAUAAUACUCCUAUUUUCUUUAUUCGCGAUCCCAUAUUGUUCCCCAAUUUCAUUCACACUCAGAAGCGAAACCCUGCAACCCAUCUUAAAGAUGCAAACAUGUUUUGGGACUUCAUUACUUUAAGACCAGAAACCACCCACCAAAUCACAUACAUGUUUUCUGAUAGAGGAAUUCCCGAUGGUUAUAGACACAUGAACGGUUAUGGAUCACACACGUUUAAGCUCGUAAAUGCCGACAGCAAAUCAAUUUACUGUAAGUUUCAUUUCAAAACAGAUCAAGGUGUCAAAAAUUUGGAUGUGGACAAGGCUGCCCGUUUGGCUUCGUCUGAUCCAGACUAUGCAAUUAGGGAUUUGUACAAUGCUAUUGCAAACAAUAACUAUCCUUCAUGGACUUUACACAUACAGGUUAUGACCCAUGAACAGGCAAAAAACUCCAAAUUAAAUCCAUUUGAUGUUACUAAAACUUGGCCUCAUUCUGAUUAUCCUCUCAUACAAGUGGGAAAAAUGGUGCUUAACAGGAACCCCGAAAACUAUUUUGCAGAAGUAGAACAGAUUGCUUUCUGUCCAGCCAAUAUGAUUCCAGGAAUUGAACCAUCAAUGGAUAAGAUGUUGUUAGGGCGAAUGUUUUCAUACAGCGACACACAAAGGUACCGCUUGGGACCAAAUUACCUUCAAAUACCAGUUAACUGUCCCUACAAAGUUCGCAACUAUCAAAGGGAUGGUUUUAUGGCUAUUGACAAUCAAAAAGGCGCUCCAAACUACCAUCCUAAUAGUUUUGGUGGUCCAACUAACGAUGCAAGAGCUAAAUCUCUUGCUCCACCUUUCGAUUUAUCUGGAGAUGUGCAAAGAUUUGAUACAGGGGACGAAGAUAAUUUCAGUCAAGCAGGAACUCUGUACAGAAAUGUUUUAGAUGAAGCAGCAAAAGAAAGAUUAGCCUCAAAUCUUGCUGGAAGUAUCAAAGAUGCUGUAGAAUUUAUUCAGCAACGUGCUGUUAAGAAUUUUACACAAGUAGAUGCAGAUUUAGGAAAAAGAUUAACUGAAAAAUUGUCAUUGUAUAAACGCGCAAAUCUUUGAAUAGUGAUGGAUGUGAAACAGGAUAAGUUGGGAUCUCGCACAGGUUCUGGGACUGCAUUUUAAUACAAUUAUAACUUUUAUAAAUAAUUUAAUAACGAUUUUAAGUUGUAUAUUUUGUGAUAAUAAAUAUGUUUGUAUUUUAUUC